GUCGCAAUGUGCAGAUGGCGCUGACGGUCAGCUUAAAUAUCGCCUCGCCGGCGAUAAACGGUCACUUGGUCAUUUCUCCCGUGCAAUAGAGCGAUACGCAGCUAUACGUUCUCGGUGAUUCGCGUUUAUCAUCCUUCACUCCGGGCCCUGAUAAAUGCACUGCCGUGCGACGAAGUGCACGCGGCGUACGUAGAACGAACGCCGUCGUGGUCGGAGCACAGGAUUCCAUGACCUUCGCAGUUUGUUGCUCCAAUUCGUGUUGAUCUGUGUUCGUGAUUGGAGAUUCAAGUGUUCACUAUGCCGCGGAGGAAACAACAACAGCAACAGCGACAUCGCCCCAUAGGCGAGGAUACCCGAAUCGCAGUCAACCUGACUGUAAAGAAGUUGUUGGAUGCUCCAGAUCAGAAGGAGCUUGAGUUCCCUUCGUCGUACACGGCGGACGAGCGAGCGUACAUCCAUGAACUGGCCAGAGAGCUUGGUCUGAAGUCGAAAAGUCGAGGGAAAGGCACAAAUCGAUUUUUGACAGUGUACAAGAGAGAAGGUUCCACGAUAGUUCAAGCUGAUGCUGUGAUAAAACUGCAAAAACCUUCGAAGCAGAGUAUAUACAAUUUGAUGCAGACUUUCCCGUUAAAUCACAAGGAAUGUCAGGACCUGCUUCCUCCGAUUGAGAGAGAACGCCCUCUCAAUAAUGAUGUAAAUACAAACACUAAGGCAAUGGGCAGAUUGAACAACAGCAUACCACAAGUACCCCAGUUAAAAACCAAUUAUGAUGUGUUGCAUUUUCGUAAAUCUCUACCAAUUUUUAACGCGAGGGAGGAAAUUCUCAGUGCGCUGAGCAAUCAUCAGGUGAUCAUAAUCGCGGGUGAAACGGGAUGCGGUAAAACUACGCAAGUGCCGCAGUAUAUUUUAGAACAUUAUCAGCAGAAGCAUCAACCUUGUAGGAUUAUUUGCACACAACCCAGACGCUUGUCGGCGGUAUCCGUGGCUGAACGAGUAGCAUUUGAGAGGGACGAAAAGAUCGGCCAGACUUUUGGGUAUCAAAUAAGAUUGGAAAGCAGAGUAGCUCCUAAAACUCUCUUAACAUAUUGCACGAAUGGAGUGUUGCUUAGGACUUUAAUGGGUGGCGACUCUGCCUUGACUACCCUCACGCAUAUCAUUGUUGACGAAGUUCACGAACGGGACAGAUUUUGUGACUUUCUUCUAAUAGCCCUGAAGGAUGCGUUGGUCAAAUAUCGUUCCUUGAAGUUGAUCCUUAUGAGCGCUACAAUGGACACUACUAUCUUUGCCAAAUAUUUCAAUAAGUGCGUCGUCAUCAACGUUCCCGGUCGAUCGUACGACGUGGACGUAUACUUUUUAGAGGACGUGUUGAAAAUAACUAAUUAUAUGACGAAGGAAAUGCUUGUAAAAAAGAAGGAAUUUUUAAAGUGGAAAGAUAAGCAGAAGGCGUUGGAGUCUUGGAAGCAAUACAAGCCUCAGCUUCCAACUAGAAAUACCAAGAACGAGAAAAGUCUGCUGCCUUCUCCGAUCUUAGCCCAGCAGAACGAUCCUAUACCAGAGAAAGUUAAGCUAGAACCCUGGCUGAUAGAAGAAAUGGAUAAGAGUGUUUUCGACGCAUGGGUAAAUGGUAGAGAAGAUAAUUUUGCACAACUUUUACAUUUUAUACUGUCUGAAAACGUUUCUGUAGAUUAUCAGCACUCGGAGACUUCUAUAACACCGUUGAUGGCCGCCGCGGCUAGAGGUUGCAUAAAUACAACCGAGCAACUUCUGAAUUUAGGCGCAAAUCUCAACUCGAGAUCCGCUAACGAUUGGACCGCGUUAGAUUGGGCGAAGAACAGGAAUCAUACCGAAUGUGCCGAACUAAUCGAGGCUUACAUGAAAACUUACGAUUGCGCGCUAUCGAAUAACGAGUUGGCGCACGUCGCGGAAACGUCACUUUCCGAGGAAGAUAAACUAUUACUCGAUGUAUACCAUCAUACGUUUAAUGACGACAAUAUCGAUUACGAUCUGCUGUUAGAAUUGAUCUUCCACGUUCACUUAAAAAUGCCUCCUGGUUCUAUUUUAAUAUUUUUACCAGGAUAUGACGAUAUAGUCACGAUGAGAGAGAAGAUAAAUACGGACGAAAAGAAGAUGAAUCAAGGUUUACGCUAUAAUUUGUAUGUUCUUCACUCGAAUAUGCAGACUUGCGAUCAGAAGAAGGUGUUCAAACCUAGUCCUCAGGGCACGCGAAAGAUCAUACUUUCCACGAACAUAGCGGAGACUAGCAUUACAAUCGACGAUGUUGUAUACGUCAUUGAUUCGGGAAAAGUUAAGGAGAAGUCUUUCGAUGCUAUAUCGAGUGUGUGCACAUUGACAUCCAACUGGAUAUCUCAAGCUUGCGCGAAACAACGGCGAGGUAGAGCGGGAAGAUGCAGAAGAGGGAUCUGUUACCGUCUGUUUUCUUCGAUCCGAUAUGAGAACAUGCAGGCUUAUCAGACACCAGAGAUUCUGCGAUUACCGCUGCAAGAACUUUGCUUAUACACGAAACAUUUAACGUCGGGAAACACACCUAUAGCCGAAUUUUUGGAUAAAGCUCUGGAGCCGCCGUCUAACGUAGUGACAAGGAAUGCUGUACAAUUAUUAAAAACAAUCGACGCAUUAGAUCCGUGGGAGGAUCUAACUGAAUUAGGGAGUCAUUUACUAGAUUUACCUAUUGAACCGAGACUUGGAAAGAUGUUGUUAUACGCAGUCGUUUUAAAAUGUUUGGAUCCUAUUUUAACGAUUGUUUGUAGUUUAGCAUACAAGGAUCCCUUUAUAUUACCGUCACAACCGUCGCAAAAGAGAGCCUUGACCGCGGCACGAAAGAAAUUUGCUACUGGUACGUUCUCGGAUCAUAUGGUGGUCCUGCGAGCAUUCCAAGGCUGGCAGAACGCUAGAGCGACCGGCAAGGAACGUAGCUUUUGCGAAAAGAAUUUUAUCUCCGCUCCCGUAAUGGAGAUGGUAGUAGGAAUGCGUACGCAGUUGCUCGGUCAGUUGCGCGCGUCCGGCUUCGUCAGAGCCAGGAGUCCCGGGGAUAUUCGGGAUUUGAAUUCGAAUUCGGAAAAUUGGGCUGUCGUGAAGGCAGCUCUGACUGCGGGUUUAUAUCCCAACUUGAUUCGAGUUGAUCGAGAACAUAUGCAGUUACGAACACAGAAAGAAGUCAAGGUAUUCUUCCAUCCUUCGUCAACUUUAAGAGAUUAUCCUAAAUCCUCGAGGAUGACCUCCGCGCAAACACAUGCAACCAAUGUACAAUCCUUGCCAUGCGAUUGGCUGCUUUACGAGGAGAUGAGUCGUACAGGACGCUUCUGUCAUGUGAAAGUUGUUACAGUCAUCAAUCCAUUAACUGUAGCAUUAUUUAGUGGACCGGCUAGAUUACCAAUGGAUGUAAUCUACGAAGCUGAGGCUAUACCGGAAAGCGAAUCGGAUUCCGAGGUUGACGAGUCUCACGAAGGAACUCUUUUUAAACUCGAUGAUUGGGUGGUAUUCAAGCUCGAUCCUGAAACGGCUCAACUGUUCUUGAAUUUGCGGCAGAAGUGGAACGCUCUAUUCCUUAGGCGCAUGAAGGCACCGAAUAAAGCAAUGUCGGCGUUAGACGAAAAAGUCAUUAAUACUUUGGUGACAGUGAUUACGAAUGAGGAGCAGGCGUGCGGGCUCCAGCAGCCCGCUGGUAUCGGCCAACGUCCGCGUCCAUUAAUCGUCGAUUACUAUCCCGCAAAUGUUAGAAGAGAUGAUUACCCAGAAAGAUAUUUCUAAAGCAAGAAGAGGAAAUAUAUAUUAAUUGUAUUGUUGUGUACAAUCUUCAGACUGCGUUUCUUUUGGGUCGUUAAUUAUUUCAAUGACCGAUCACUGUAUUCAUAAUGCUGUAGCUAAAGUGACUUUUGUUAUUAGCGAACAUUUGUAAAAGAUAUAUAGCGUGAUAUGUAUGAAUAUUUAUUGAAUGUUUCAUAUAAAUAUAUAUGAGUAUAUGAGUGUUUCAUAUAAAUAUUAUAUAUACAUUCUAAUUUGCAGUAUUGACAAAGACUGUUGUAUACAAUAAGUUGUUAAAUAAUAUUCGUGUAACACUUGCAAUCCUCUUUUGCAGAACGUUGGUUAAAGUAGCAAGUAGUUUAAACUUUACUUUUUGUUAUGUUUUAAUUUUUUAUCACUAACAAGGAGAAUCCCAGAAGUCAUUUAUCGAAUUUUUUGAUGCCGAUUUUUUUGGUGAUUCUUGAGGCCAAAACAAUUUACGUAUAGCGGCGUUUAUCAAUAUGCGACUUUGUUUUUGAAUUAUGAAUUUUUGAAAAUCUGAAAAAUUGGAUGAUUGCUUUGUUUUUCACUCCAAUUCUUGUUUGUAGAGAUUUCAGGAUUAAUUGAAAAACACUAAAUUUAUUGAAUAGAGUAUAAAUUCUCUUCAACGAUUUUACAGUCAAGAAGGGGACUUGGUUUACAAAAAAUUCUUUUCCAUCUAUCCGUCCAUACUCUCUCUUACUAUCUAUCUAACGCUUGUUUAAAACUAAAACUUAAAAAUAAACUAACCAAAAUUACACCUUUUUUUGUUGCAUACACUUAUUAUGUACACUUUAAAUAUUUUUACAUUUAUUAUACAUUUAUAUCCUUUAUAUCUUUAUACAUUUAUACAUGCAUAUAAUACUAAAUUUACUGUAAUAUUUAACUAAAAUAUUGGCACAGCAAUCAUAGAAAAAUACUGACUUGAACCUUUUUGAUCUUAAAAGUUACCAAAAAAAUUGAUAAACAUUUCUGAGGUUCCCCUCGUAAGAUAAAAUUUUUGAUUUCUUUCUUCUUCAGUAGCAAAGUACUGAAGACAAAGCUAUGUGAAAGAUUGAUAUGAUAUCAGUCAUCAUCAAGGUCAAUAUAUAUCUUUCCGCGAUGGGUCUGUUCCAUCAGAAUAAAUUUUUGCGGACGUAAAAUUAUCGUUCAAUGAUUGUUUAUGCCGAAGCAGUCGGAAAUAUGCUUCAAUUUGACUCCUCUUAAUCCGGAAAUAUGUAAAUAGACCUUUUUAAACCUAUGUAUCUUAUAAAAAUAUGUGAUAUACUACAUAGGCACUAAAUUCUAACUUAAGUACUUUUUGUACUAAGGUAUGUUGUAUUAAAUAUUCUCUCAAAUCUCUCUCAUACAGCUAGUAUAAAUUAAGUAGACAGUUACGUAGAGAGUACGGGGAGGGAAAGAGGAGCUUCAUUGUUAUGUAUGUGUUGUUUAGCAUAGUGUUUGCUUGUAAUAUUUUACAUAGAAGUUUUGAUUAUUGUUUAAAGAACAAACUGAAAAUUAGCGAUAUCCUUUUUUUCGCACGUACACGGCUAUGUGCAAGCUAUUUAUGUACGCUUAUUAUUGGUGAUUACUAAACGUAUACUUUAUAUUCAAUUAGUAUGAAUUAAAAUUUGAACUUUUAAUAUAUAGACUUUGAUGAAAAGAAUGUGAUUUAUGAAACACCAGUAUUUUAGUAAAUACAUUAUAUUUUAUUUUCGUUUUGUGUGAUUUUAAUGUUAUAAUUUUAAUGGUGGUUUACAUGGCUAAGUAAACAAACCGUAAAACUGUAGACAGAGUACACAAAGCUUUAAACAAAUUGUAAUACUGGUCAAUGUGAUAACGAAACGUAUAUAAUAAAAUUUAGCGAAAGAAAAUAAAGAAACAUAUUGAUUA